CUUUUUCUCUCUUUUACUAAUAAUUUAUAAUAAUUAAUAAAUACAUUUGUACACUAACAAGGUAUAUUCUGCCUCUUCAUCAUUUAAUUCCAUUAUUCAAGAAUAGAACAGAUAGUUCUAUUCUAUAUAUCAGUGUGUGUAAUGAAAGUGAAAAUAUAAUCGCCAUCUACGCUAAUUCGCGCAAAAUUUAAAAGAUUUAUUAAUCGUAUAAAUUAUAGAUUUUUAUGUAAAUAAUAAAAUAUUAAUUUCUUAUAUAUAUUUCAAUAUGUACAAUUCUUGGACAUAUAAAGUAUAUAUUUCACGAACCGAUCGUAUUUCCAGUUACGUUAGUUUUUUCAUAGAAUUGACAUUAACAGAACAAUUUUUAGGUUAUGAGUGAUUAAAUGAGUCAUUAUUUAAACGUUUUUUAAAUUACUUAACUGCAUUAUUAUAUUAUAUAGUAUUUCCUUUUAUUGUGAUAUCGUCCUACAAAAUUAUUAAUUUUUAAAAAAAUAUCAAAAACUUAAAUGUUUUUUUUACAAGUUUAUCUAUUCAAAAAAGGAAAUGUAUCCGAAAAGAAUUGUUAAAAAAAUACCAGGGGAUAUACCACCACCAACAAAAAAAGAGAAUCAAGGACAUAUUGACGACUUAGCUAAUAAACCAAAGAUAGAAUUAGAAGAACUUCUAGAUAGACAAAAUAAAAUACUAGCAAAUAGAAAAUUCAUUUCAAUGCUUCCCGAUAAAGGGGAAAAGAUCAUAGCAUUUCGAGAUAAAUUAUUAAAUAUACUCAAUAAUCAAAAAGAAAUAGAUAAAGCAGCUGUACUUCUUUCAAGACUGAAUAUAGCAUCUGAAGGAAAAGCAGCAAUGAAUGAAUUAGAAUGGACAGGUUCUUAUUCAGAGGAAAUUCAUAAAAAUAAAAUCAUUGAAUUGGAUAGUGAUGAUGAAGAAGAUCCAUUAAAGAUUUUAGCACAACCUACAGGAACUGGUGUACAUAAAAAAAAAGUUAUACAUUUACAACCAGUGGAAUCAUUAAUAAAGCCAGAAGACAUAGAAGAAAUUGAAUCUUUUAAAAAUGGAACAUCUCCAGAACCAAUACAUGUAAAAUAUGUUAUUGAUAAAGUUGAAAAAUCUCAGGAAAAAAAUUUAUUAAAAAGGGAACCGUUUAAACCAUAUAAAACUAGUAAGAGUAAUGUUCAUGAUCCAGAGAAAGAGAAAGAAAGAAAAUAUACAAAAUAUUGGGAAAUUACUGCUGCUACUCCACCUCAUAUAGUACAUGGUGCUAUAAAGCCUUUAAGUUUGAAUGAAUCUUUACAAUUGCAAAGAGAACAUGUUAAAAAGUUACAGGAAAUGCAAGCAAAACAUGCAGCAGAACGAUUAGCGCAACAAUUAGGUUUGCAUAAUGUCGGUUAUAUACCAGAAAAUGUAGGUGAUUAUCGUAUACAUAAAGCUAUAAAGGACGAUAGUUCGUCUAGUUCUGAAAGUGAAGAAGAUGAAGUACAUGACGAUGAAGAUAAUGAUAAAGGAGGGACUAUCGUUUAUACAAUAGAUUCUAUUAAAAGUUAAACACAGAAUCAAUUAAAGAUUAUAGAAACGGAAGCUAUAAGUUUAACGUUCCUAAAACAAGUUGAAAUGUAAUUGUACAGUUUGUUUCAUUUUGUAAAUAAAUACUGUGAAAAAUAUUGUAUAUAUAAAUUUAAAAAAUAUUUGUAUUUUAAUAUCAUUAAAAAAUAAAAAUAAUUUAAUAUCUUA